AUGCGAGAUCGAGUCGAUCUCAACUCAAACGGGAAUUCCAUUGAGUCGCCGGUGAAAAUUUUCAAAGGCGAUCGAUGGACUCCUCGCUACAUCCUCUGCAAGAAACACGCCGAUUUGAUGGCUCCAAUCUUCAUGGUUUACAAAAAUCAGGCUUCCCGCAACAAUCAUCAUCAAUUCAAGGCCUCAUUCGCUUUGCAAAACUAUAUUGGCUUAGAAAGUGGCUUUGAGCUUAAAAAGCAGCAGAACACGCUGGCGAUUUUGACGAAAGACGAAGUGAUCGUUUUGGCGUUUUCCAUACCCGAGAAUUUGAUUAUUUGGGAGACAUGGCUAAAAAAUGCUUGUGGGCACAGUCAAACAUUUUACGUGCAACUGCAACGAGUCCCGAAAUAUUCCAUUGCUGAGCAUUUGCUUCGAAAAGAAGUUAGACUUCAUUUGCAUGACUCCUGCUUCGCUCUCGUUCACGGCCGUCCGCAAAUCAUUUUGGAGUACAUAAACACGGCGGACGCUCAGAUUUUUGACAUGAGGCCGAACAGUUUCACGUUUGCCUCUCAAGAUUCCAAGUCAAGGGAAGACAGUUACACAAUUUCCUCCACAAGGCUACCCAUAUUUUAUGCACUUUUGGAGAAAGCAAAAAGGAAUGAGGACGAGCUUAAUGCAUUUUUGAGCUCAAAAGUGAGCGAUGGUGACUGGAUGCCCGAAGUCUCGCACGCUUUCGCCCGUGCCCAUUCACUAAGAUCAAAUCCAUCUGAAAACAUUCGCGGCUAUUUGAGCUACAUGAACUCACCGAUGAUCUAUAAAAGAGAUUCGAAUUUGGACAAAGGGAAAUCGAAAUCCGGUAACCACGUCAGCUCACUAUUCGUUGAUCGACGCGUGAAUCCGACCAAUUUAAACCGGGCGACUUCAUUAGCUAAUUACUACAAUACUGGAGGUUUGGGAUCUCCAUAUAUGGGCCGGGAAAGGACGACGAGCUCGGCUUCUCACAAUUACGUUAAUGUGAUUGAGAUUGGAGGGAACAGUGAGAGUCGCGGUUCCUCAUUCCGAAGUCGGAUCUACAUUGGCGGGAAUGGAGAGAGCUCUGUUCAUUAUUGCAAUAUUGAUGAGGCUGGUGUCUCGCAUGAAACGAAUCAACCUUCAGCCAAUAUUCGCAGCAGCUCUCUACCCGACUAUGUGAACAUCGAUUUGGGCACGACGAACGUCAUGAAAUCGCCUAGACCACAGAAAAGACACCAUAAACUAUCCCAGGUUCUCUACAGUAAUCUCGUGCAAACCUCUUCUCCACACGGCGAAACUCGGCGACGAUCCGAUAAUUCUGUUUGGAUCUUUAGGGACAAAUCAAAGACGCGAUUCGAAAAGCAAAACUCUGUGGGCAACUUCAACUCGUCCGAUCAACUCCCAUCAGCGCCGGAGCGCCACGAGAAUUGGAAAAGAGCAAAGAAAUUUAUCUCAGCCUUCAAGCCAAGAAGUGAAAAUCAUUUGACUCAACACUCGGCAAAGAAGCGGGAAAUGACCAAAUCGAACAGCACCUCUGCGCUCAGCUUUGCGUCACCAGCAAGGAAAAAGCACCAUUCCUCAAUCUCUUCAUUCGCCACCGAGCACUCAGACGAGGAGAUCGCACUCCCGCCGGCGCUCAACCUCGCCAUGAACGAUCCAUUGUUGGCACAAGGGACAUCAGCUGAAAACAGGCCACUGGAGGGUUUGGUGAAAGUCAAGGAAUUCCCGAUGAUUACUGCGAGAUCGGGCGUCGGAGCGAUACUGGCAAAACGUCUUCAAUCGACUGUGCGGGGAUCAUUUACGAAAUACGACGGCGAGCGUGCCACUCAUCACUACAAUCCCGGCAAUCCAAAAGAGGAGCUCCCACAAACAUCGCCGAAAAGAAGAGAGGGACAUGCAUCCGAUGAGAAAUCCGAUGAUCCGUUGGAUGGCAUUGUCUCGGCGGUGAAGAGUGGACGUGAGCGGCUGAAGGAGAGUGAUCGACGGGCAUCCGCUGUUUCUUUCAAGAACCUCUUGCUACUCCCACGAAGGCUAUCGAAAUCAGCAGCGAUGAAGGCGCAAGCGUUGCGCAACUCGUCUGUGUCGGAGAGUACAAGAUCUUCAAACGAAUCCCUUUCUUCUGGGGUCAAGUCGAAAAUCUCAUUCAAAAAGCGAGCCUCGAGUCCACCACGAAUGGUGGCACCGACACUGGAAAAGAGGCCAUCCAGUCAACGGACUCUUGUGUUUCAACAAAGCUCCUCAAUUGACUCGUUCAAUUCCCAUCAAACGGCUCGCUCCUCUUCGCCGAUUACUUUACCGAGAAAGGCUUUCCCAUCGGUUGAAAGCACACCAAGCAUUCAGAGUGAGCUGCUUCGACAGUCGUCUCGUCUCGAUUACUGCCAGCUGGCGGGCUCUCGACGCGAGAAUGGCUCAAGUUCGAGUAAUUCUGUCGGCAGUCGCUCCGAUUAUGUCUCGAUUUGUCCAAUGGGAACGAAAGCCGCUCAAGAGAGUUGUUCCGGAAAACCCAGAUCAGUUUGCAGAGUGUGCCACUUUUCCGAACAGGAGUUUUUAAACCUCUACUUA